AAUUCAGAUUUGUUUUCUCGGAUUUAUUAUUCGUUUCUUCUUGGUGGUGGUUGUUGUUGGGCUAUUCUGAUCUUAAUUACUUCGGAUCGAUCAAGUGUUCUCUGCAUGAUGCACGUCGAUUGUGGAUUUUUUCUUGUGGUUUCUUGCCGGGAUUGCCUGAUCUUCAUGAAUUCAAGAAGCCCUGUCGCGUCUGCUGUUUCCUGCCAAACGGGAAACAAGAACAAGUUCCUUCUCUGGAUUUUGUGCUGCUUCUUCCCACGAUUUUUUGGAAGCCCUGUUGCAUUAGUUAACUUCUUUCUGUUCAAGGCUAUUGUUAGGUGGCCAUCACCAUCAGUCCUGAUUUAGACUCUUGAUUGGGAUCAUUUCCUGGAGUUUUAACUCAAUCUGCCAAUCUUGUUUUAUCGUUGGGAUCAUCAUGGUUUCCUCUCAAUUUUCGAAAUUGGCUGGGACCAACCUGCUGAAGCCUUUCAACAAUCAUAUGCUUCUUUCUGGAGAAGCCCCUGAUGUCUUUUCAUUUGACCAGGUUGACUUGGAUUUCUCCGAUGUGUUUGGUCCUGCACCAACUCCUACGACUUUGCCUCUGAUAUCUGAAGAGUCCACCAAUUUUGUGGUCCCAACAGCUGUGAAUGAUUUAGUUUAUGAUGAACCAGCUGUAGUAUACAGCCGUUCACAUUCCUUUGUUGGUCCCACAACUUGUGUAAACCAACUAUCCAAGCUCGGCAAGCUCACAUUGCAUGAGAGAGAUGACCCACUGGAACUUGUUGGGGAAGUUGAUGAGGAUGCUCAUGAGAACUUUUCUGAAUCUUCUAUCGAGAAGAUUAUUUCGGAGCAGUCUAUUAGUCAAGCUGACAGCAAAUCGGAGAAGCCAAUCGGGCUUGAGGACUUUGAAUUUUUGAAACUUGUUGGGCAAGGUGCAUUUGGGAAAGUGUACCAGGUGAGGAAGACUGGUUCGUCAGAAAUCUUUGCGAUGAAGGUGAUGAGGAAAGAUAAAAUUAUGGAAAAAAAUCAUGCUGAGUACAUGAAAGCAGAGAGGGACAUAUUGACACAGAUUGAUCAUCCUUUUAUCGUUCAACUCAGAUACUCCUUCCAGACGAAAUAUAGAUUAUACCUUGUGCUUGAUUUUGUUAACGGGGGUCACCUUUUCUUUCAACUCUAUCACCAAGGAUUAUUCAGAGAGGAUUUGGGGCGUAUCUAUACUGCUGAGAUUGUCUCUGCUGUUGCUCACCUCCAUGCACAUGGCAUAAUGCAUAGGGACCUGAAACCUGAGAAUAUUCUUCUGGAUGCAGAGGGGCAUGCAAUGCUAACUGAUUUUGGUCUUGCAAAACAAUUUGAUGAGGAAACAAGAUCCAACUCGAUGUGUGGAACACUGGAGUAUAUGGCACCUGAAAUUAUUCUUGGAAAAGGCCAUGACAAGGCAGCUGACUGGUGGAGUGUGGGGAUUCUCUUGUACGAAAUGUUGACAGGGAAGCCACCUUUUGUUGGUGGAAAUCGACAAAAGAUUCAACAGAAGAUACUGAAGGACAAACUCAAGCUGCCAGCAUUUUUGUCCAGUGAUGCUCAUUCUCUAUUAAAAGGGCUGCUUCAGAAGGAUGCGAGCAAGCGGAUUGGAAGUGGGCCAAGAGGCAGUGAUGAGAUUAAAGGCCACAAGUGGUUCAAGUCCAUCAACUGGAAGAAAUUGGAGGCUCGAGAAAUUCAGCCAAGCUUCCUUCCUCAAGUGGCAGGAAAGCACUGCGUUGCCAACUUUGAUGAGCGGUGGACCAAAAUGCCCCUGCUAGACUCCCCAGCCUCAAGCCCAAAAUUUGCGGAGAACCCCUUCAAAGGGUUCAGUUAUGUGAGGCCUGCAGGCCAGUUUCUGCAGGUGAAUUGACCACACUGCAAACUGUGUGUGUAGAGACUAGACAGAUCAAAUGUUUUUUCCUGUUAUCUCCAUCUUUUGAUCUCUAGAUGGACAAAAGUGCAAUUCUCUUUAGUUUGUUUGUUUGAUUGGAAUAGGACUAUGGUGCCGGCUGUCUCAUCAAUUGUGUUUUAAGGUUACUGUUGAUUGAUUCUUCGGUCAUUUUCCAUAACAA